UCGGACAGAAAUGACAGAGCAUUCAUUUUGCAUUAAAGCAGUAAUACUUCCAAAUCUAUAAUAUUAAAUUCUUUGUAAAUUAGUUUGUUUAAAAAACAAUGCAAGAAUUUAUUUUGUGACAAAAAGUGUAAAGAAUUGAACAUUGAUUUACAGCAAGAUGGACAACCUAGCAAUGAGUCUCACUUCAGAACAGACUGAUAAGAUUCUCCAGUUUCAGGACCUGACGGGGAUCGACAACAUGACGGUGUGUCGCGACGUGCUGCAACGGCACUCGUGGGACCUCGAGGUGGCCGUGCAAGACCAGCUGAACAUUCGCGAGGGUCGGCCAACUGUGUUCGCCUCCACCGAGAGUCAACCGCCCACUGUCUUCACUGACACGGUCGCGCAACAUGUGUUCAUAUCGCCGCCGUCCGCUUAUCGAUGGGGAGGUGGUACCUUCGGCUACGUUGUAUCUCUAGUCUUCCGGCUCUGCUUUGACACAAUCAACUCUCUGCUGCGGCUUACCUUAAACAUAUUCUGGAGAAGGCGACCUCAGCGACAGGUGACCGACCCGGUGGGUGAUGUGAUGUCGUUCAUCAAGUACUUUGAGGAGCGGUGGGGCCGUGAGGGACAUCCCACAUUCUACCAGGGCAGCUACAGCCAGGCGCUGAGUGACGCCAAACAGGAGUUGCGCUUCCUCCUUGUAUAUCUGCACAAAGACAAUGAUGAAGAGUGCAACAAUUUCUGUCGGAACACCCUGUCUUCACCCGGCCUAGCCGAGUACAUCAACCGUAGCAUGCUGUUCUGGGCGUGCUCUGUGUCGUCGGGCGAGGGGCAACGUGUGUCUCAGGCCUUCCAGGAGAACACCUAUCCCUUUCUCGGCGUCAUUUGUCUCAGGGAACAUCGCAUGACCAUUGUCGGCAG